CGUCUGUCUGUGUUCUUCAGAGUGAGCCGGCAGCCCUGCGAGGAUGGUCCGCUGCUGGAGGAGCAGGAGACGGAGGGACAGCGGCAGCUGCACAACCUCCUGCUGCAGCAGCUUCACACUGGCGUGGACUUCGAGCGAUGCGUAGCCAAAAAGCAGUGCUUCGCCCCGGCAGCGCUCUACCGGCCGUUCGGGGAGCAGGCGGCCGGUGUGAGGAGCCUUUCCCAGUUCCAGGCCCUGCAGGAUGGGGAGAAGGAGCUGGCCAGUCUGCGGGAGCUGGGCCUCACUGAUACUGAGAUCCAGGUGUGGCAGAGCAGAGACGCACCAGAGGCAAUGGAGAAGUCCCACGGCGUGUGCGCAGCUCCGGGGGCGAAGCAGCAGCGUCUCCAGGUAAUCAGAGACAAGAUUGAAGCCAGGGCAGAGCUCCUGGCCCGCCCACAGCGCUUCGCCACCAGCCGGCCACUGUCACGGCGGGAGAUGGAGAUCGAACAAGCACUGUUCCAGGGAAACGAGCGCCUGGGUUUCCUCACUGCACUUUACCAUCGAGACGAAGAUAACCAGGAUGGACAACAGCGGGCGACGUCCUCCAAUCCAAUGGACACUCUCUACAGAGACGUUCUCAGUGCGGAGAGACAACAAGCGUCAUUACAGGACUGUGAGGAAGAACCAUCACAAGUGUCCACACACAGAACUUUAUCUGAGCAAUCAAAGACUUCACAGACAGAAGACACAACAGAGAAUCUGUCACCAGACAAACCAGAGUCCAGUGGAGACGCCUCAGAGCAGCAACGCACUCAGGACACACAGGAGUCAACACGAGCAGCUGCUCCGACUGAGAUAAAGAUAAAUCAGCCAAUCGGCAGUCUGGAUGGAGCGGCGAAGGCGGGGCCAGUGGGACUCCUGACUCUCAGAGGAAAGAUCGAGACGAUCACGGACGAAGAAAUCCUGCAGAACCGCGAAUCUGAGGACGGGAUCCGGAGCAUCCCGAGGUUCCGAAACUACCAGCCCGGAAAACCCUCCAAGGUUCUGUGUGUGAAGAACCUCAGUGCACAGGCGUCAGCGGCCCAGCUGGUGGCACUGUUCUCCAGGUUUGAGCCGGAGAACGGGCCUUCAGUCGUUUACCGCCUGCUGACGGGAAGGAUGAAGGGUCAGGCCUUUAUCACUCUGCCAGAUGCUGAAACUGCCCAGAAUGCUUUGCGGCUGAUCCAUGGAUACCGGUUGCUCGGGAAACCUCUGGUGGUCGAGUUCGGCCGUGAGCGACAGGAAGAGGAGACACAGAAGAAGGAGGAGCAGGAGGAGAAGAAAUAAUGUUUGUACAUGAUAAAAAAACAUAUUUAUUUAACGUGAAUAUAAACUUGUCGUCUUUGACAGUUUCCUUUUAAUAAAUGUCUGUUUUACAUCAAACUGUCUUUUCUUA